AUGGGUAGGGUGGAUGCGUCGUUCGGCGGCACAACAGGGACCGGAUACGGCGGAGACAGGCACGGAGACAGACCAGCUGAAGUGGAAGCUUCCUCCAUUUACGGAGCUUCUUAUGCAGAAGCAGUUGUGACGGAUGCAGUAGGAGGGGGAGGAGGGGGAGGGGGAGUAGCAGGGUCCGCGGAUUCUGUGUCGUCGUUCGGCUCAACGCCUCUCGCUUCCGCGCUCUCGCCCAUGGGCGGAAACCCGGGCGCCACUCCGCUCCCCCGGCGGAGCACCGGGCGGGCGGGGGACGAGAGGGACGACGCGGAGAAGGGGAGAGAUUGGGGGAAGGGGGAGUCCGAUGGGGAAGGCGGAGGAGAGGCCCGACUCCCCGGAUCCGCGGGCGCAGCGCAGGGCUGGUUCGCGCGGAUGUCCUCAGGGGGUGGCGGAAGCGGAGUCGGCGGGGCUGUCAGCGGGCAGAAGCGCAACCCCGCGCUGUCAGUGGCGGCGAUGGGUAUUCGGCCGGGGACCCUUCUGCUGUGCUUUGUCGUGGGGCUGACCGCGGGGUUGCUGUGGCUAGACGGCGCGCAUAAGGGCGUGUGGCCUCUGCUCUCCGACCUGCACCCCGCGCAGUGCUCCGCGUACCACCGCGUGGACGCGCGCACGGGGGAAGAAACCGGCGGCGGCGUGCGCCCGCUGCUGAUCAUCGUCACCCCAACCUACGUCCGGCCGUUCCAAGCCAUGUACCUGCACCGCCUCGCGAACCUCCUCGCGCAAGUCCCGCCGCCCGUCCUCUGGCUGGUCGUGGAGAUCUUCCCGCAAUCCGCGGAGACGGCGGCGCUGCUGCGCGGGACGGGGCUGGUGUACCGGCACCUGGUGGCGCACAAGAACAUGACGGAUAUUAAGGACCGCGGCGUGCACCAGCGCAACGCGGCGAUGGAGCACGUGGAGAAGCACCGCCUGGACGGCAUCAUGUACUUCGCGGACGAUGAUAACAUCUACUCGCUGGAGCUGUUUGAAGAGAUGCGUGCCAUCAAGCGCUUUGGCACAUGGCCAGUGGCAAUGCUGCAGCAGGGCAAGUCAAGGGCAACACUGGAGGGGCCAGUGUGCGAGGGCGGCAGGGUGAUUGGCUGGCACACCAACGAGAAGAGUCGGCGAGUGAGGCGCUUCCACGUGGACAUGUGUGGAUUCGCGUUCAACUCCACCAUUCUCUGGAACCCGUCGUUGUGGCGCCGCCCGACAGACCAGCCAAUCAGACAGCUGGAUUCUGUGAAGGAGGGAUUCCAGGAGACCACGUUUAUAGAGCAGCUGGUGGCAGAUGAGUCACAGAUGGAGGCGCUAGCAGACGACUGCUCCCGGGUGCUUGUGUGGCACGUGCAUCUGGAAGCGCCCCGCAUCUCCCCCUUUCCCCACUGGAGCGCCCCCCUCGUUCUCCCACCCAUACUCUCUGCCCGGGUUCCUCCUGCUGUUGUUGCCGCUGGUGGGAAUGUUGCUGGUGGUUCUGGAGAUGGUGGCACAGCUGGUUUGUCCGAGUAA